AUGCACUUCAUCCACCACCGUGCCGCCACGCCUCCUCCUGCGUUCAAGAGUCCGUUUGCACCAUUGCAACUUGCAGGAGAAGAUGAGACGCAACUUGAGGCCGUGGCACGGAUUUUCGUACAGAACACUGUGUUGCAGUAUGAAAAGUUCAUUGCCCAGGACCAUCGAGAGAUAGAUGGUAAGUACUGGAAGUGCAUCAAGCAAGAACGUGAGCUCCGAGUGUUCCUCCAACGUCGACGCAAAGACGUUGAGCGCCGUACGCGUCGACAAUCACGUCUUCGGAGCUUUCGACACCGGAGCUCGAAAACCGCGAAACUAUCGGGGACCGACAUGUAUAACACGACCAGCUUUGGCAGUCGCGAAAGCAGUUGCAGCAGCAGCUCGAGCUUCUUUAGCCGUGGAACAGGCAGCUUUUCCAGCAACUACAGCAACACUAACAGCUCCGAUUGUCGAUCCACGACGUUUAGUAACGAGUCCAGCAUUGGAACUGGACCGUCCACACUACUAGGCGUUGAGUUGCCAAUCUUGCAGCUUGUGGGUUCCGUCCCAGGUUCACUAGACGAUGCCAUGUACGGCGCUCUUGGUGCAUCCGUUGAAGCGAUGCGGGUGCAGAGUACAUACGAGCACGACCACUUUACGGAUGGUGCCGUGCUGGCUACGAUCUUGACCCCCACAACCACUGACCCGUUCCGGUCCUUAUCGAUCAAGUGGAUGGAACACGCUGGUCCGACGAUUGACCAUCACCGGUAUCAUCCAUUGCACUACCCCAUGACUCUUCCAGGCGCAGGCACUCGAGAAGAUCUGGUCUUUCUGGAGGCUACAGGAACAACCACAUUGGCAUCCGGGGAACGAGUUGGGUACCAAUUGCGCCACUCGGUGCACUUCCCUCAGACUCACCUUCGCCCGAACGUGCGACGUGGGAACUUGUCCACAUGUACGCUCUUCCGCGAUGGAGGUGCAACCAUAACUGAUGCUCACGAAGGACCCCCUCGUGGAUCAAUCGAAGUCUUUGCUCGAGCUUGUCUGAGCGGUGGCAAUGCCGCGGUUCGAUCGACUACCGCUGCCAUGGCAGCCACGGGCAUGUUUGUGCUCUGUGGACGUAUGAAGAAACUCGCGUGGAUUCUAGCCCAGCGACAGCCCCCGAGUCAGUCACUCCUGGGGUUCGUCCAUCAGCAAUCGCAUCUAUCCGCACUUUCACGCUCGCUGCCGCCAUGCAAAGUUCGACAUGGCUCACUCACUGUCACGGUCUCCGCUGCUGCUGCCGCAGCGACAGCGGCACCUGACAACAAGUUGUGUGUGACGUGCAAAAAGCGAGGGCCGUGGUUCAGCGUGCGGGGUAAGAAGAAGAAGAUGAGAAAGAACUCGACAAGUACGUGUCAAUUAUGUUGGCGCUACGUGUGUUCCUCCUGUCGUCUCAAAAAGACCGUCACGAGCUGCGUGACAGACCAGCAAGGCAGCUCCGAUCGACUCACAACGCAUGUGGUGGAGCGAGAGGUUACCCUGUGCAACGUCUGUGUGCACCAAUGCAUGGUGGCCACCAGUGCUCGCGACGUGGCACGCGAAGAGAUUGAAGCUGAUCCGAAGCGGUGGCGCUUUCCAUCCCCGACUCACGACGACCGGGAACGGACUCGGAGCGGCUUGAUGCAAGCGCGUUUUCAGAUGCAGUUGCACGGCUUUGGUCGUGACACGAAUACUCGAGAGUCAACAAGACCUGCAGCCUCUUUGCGCUCGAAACUUGCUGAGAACAACGAAGUCUUUGGUCGCUAUGCCUGA